ACUAGCCCCACGUUUUCUGAAGCUCUCAACUGCAUAGAAGCAUCCUGAGCCCACUACUACAGAGGCACCUCCAGACUCAGAACCAUGAACCAAAGUGCAAUUCUUAUUUUCUGCCUUAUUUUCCUGACUCUGAGUGGGACUAAAGGAAUGCCUCUCUCUAGAACUGUACGCUGUACCUGUAUCAACAUUAGUAAUAAACCUGUUAAUCCAAGAUCCUUGGAAAAACUUGAAAUCAUUCCUGCAAGUCAAUCUUGUGCAAAUGUUGAGAUCAUUGCCACAAUGAAAAAGGAUGGGGAGAAGAGAUGUCUGAAUCCAGAAUUGAAAGCCAUCAAGAAGUUGCUGAAAGCAUUUAGCAAGGAAAGGUCCAGAGGAUCAUCGUAAAACCAGAGAGAAGCAAACACUGCAGUGAUGAGAAUGGACCACUGCGAGGCUGCCUCUGCCACACUUCCCUUCUUCCCCUAUGCCAAUCUCUAAUUGGCCUCAGUUUGCAGUUCUCCUAAAAGGUGACCAGCCACCACCACCAAGUCAGCUGCUUCUACUCCUGCAAGAAGGUCAAGCUGUUCAGAGUAACUCUGCCUUGCCACUAGAACAUAAGCUACACCAAGCUGCUACGUUCUGAGUGAAUGUGCAAGUCCCUGUUACUGACAUUUUCCUCACCAUUCAUAGUUUUUAAGGGUUAUUAUGGGGUCAUUCUUAGAACCUCAAACAACUAAAAGCCAUGUGACCAAGGUGGUAAGAUCUACUUUUUUUAAAAGUUAUGUUUGUAUCAUCCUUGUAAGGGGCCCAUAUUCUUGUAGUGGUUGUAUACAUGUACAAAAAUAUCCAGGAAACUGAAAAUGUAUAUGUAAAUAUUAUUUAAUGAAAGACUGUACAAAGUAGUGUUCUUAGAUGUAUAUGUUCCUUCUAUUGUUUUCAGUGUAUGUGGAAUAAUUUGUGAUAAGUAUCUCCAUAAGAAAUGGAAGAAAUUUUAAACUGUAGAUAAUGUUCUGCGUCUUUUAUAGUACGACAAAAUGUGCUACAUUUCAAAAUUAAAAUAAUGUGUUCUCUUGGAAAUAUUAAAAAAGAUUAUCUAACAGUUGAGACUGAAAAAGCAAUAAAGUGGCAUAAAAAAGAA